UGCUGCAGCCGAGGCGGCCCAGCCAUCUCCGUGCAAUUGCCUUGCUCACGAUCAGACGCAGGUGCAGCCGAUGCUGACUCAGCCCGUACCAUUCAGAAUUAAGACGUGAGAAGAAAUUGGGAAGCUAUGGGCAGGGUACACAGGCCCCCACCUGGGCAGCACCGGCAUUGUGAGGGUUGCAUCAAUCGCCACUGCCAAGUUCCUGUGGAGCCCAACGUCUCCUGCCUGGUGAUAAGCUGCCGCCUGCUCUGCGGCGCUACCUUCCACAUGUGCAAGGAGACGGAGCACGAGCUCCUCUGCCCUUUGGAGCAGGUUCCGUGUCUCAACUCUGAAUAUGGCUGCCCCCUUUCCAUGUCCCGCCACAAGUUGGCCAAGCACCUGCAGGUGUGUCCCGCCAGCGUGGUCUGCUGCUCCAUGGAGUGGAACCGCUGGCCAAAUGUGGACUCAGAGACAACUCUUCAUGAGAACAUCAUGAAAGAGACUCCAAGCGAAGAGUGUUUGGACACAGCCCUGGCCCUCCAGGACCAGAAGGUCCUCUUCAGAUCCUUGAAGAUGGUAGAACUUUUCCCAGAGACUAGAGAUGCCACGGAGGAGGAGCCAACCAUGAAUGGAGAAACCAACUGGGAAGAAAUGGGAGGGGCGGUGGGGGGAGAGAAUUCUAGUUUAGUACCACAAGAUUGUCUGUCAACAGCCAAUGGAGAGGUGGCAGAGUUGAGUCAAGAAGAACGAGAGGCGCUGGCCAAAACCAAAGAAGGGAUGGACCUGGACAAAUUUGGCAAGUGGGAAAAUAUGUUUAGUAAAGAGCAAGCCGCUGCUGCUUUAGCAAAUUCGUCAGCAAGCUGUGACAGCAAGAGCAAGAAUGGCCUGGGGAGAGAACAAAAUUCCAGUGACAAUAACAAAGCAGAUGGAGAGGGUGUUGCCAAAGGGCAAGAACCACAGGAAAAUCAGAAGCAGAGGGACUUUCUGGCAGCUGUGGAAAAAACAGGGCUUGCCCCUUGGCAGGAUGGCGUGCUGGAAAGGUUGAAGACAGCUGUGGAUGCCAAGGACUACAACAUGUAUCUAGUGCACAAUGGGCGGAUGCUGAUUCAUUUUGGUCAGAUGGCUGCUUGUACACCCAAGGAGAGAGACUUUGUCUAUGGCAACCUUGAAGCUCAGGAAGUUAAGACUGUGUACACCUUCAAGGUGCCUGUGAGCUACUGUGGAAAACGAGCUCGAAUCGGGGAUGCCAUGUUGAGCUGCAGGCCAAGUGAACACAAGGCAGUAGAUACUUCAGAUCUGGGAAUCACGAUAGAGGACCUGCCAAAAUCAGACCUCAUCAAGACCACCCUCCAGUGUGCUUUGGAAAGAGAACUCAAAGGUCAUGUUAUCUCUGAAUCCAGGAGCAUUGAUGGGCUAUUCAUGGAUUUUGCCACACAGACAUACAACUUUGAGCCAGAACAGUUUUCCUCAGGGACAGUGCUAGCUGACCUCCUAACCACUGCCAAUCCAGGAGGGCUCCACGUAGAGCUCCACAGUGAGUGUGUGACCAGGAGACACAACAAGAGCAGCUCUGCCUUCACUUUCACUUGCAACAAAUUCUUCAGAAGAGAUGAAUUCCCCCUGCACUUCAAGAACGUCCACACAGACAUUCAGUCCUGUCUCAAUGGCUGGUUCCAGCAUCGAUGCCCCCUUGCCUAUUUGGGAUGUACCUUUGUUCAAAACCAUUUCCGUCCUCCAGGGCAAAAGGCAAAAGUGAUCUAUAGUCAGGAGCUCAAGACCUUUGCCAUCAAGCCAGAGGUUGCUCCAGAGCUGAGUGAAGGAGGGAAGACCAACCAUCUCUCAGGCCAUCGAGGAAAAAGCCAGAACGCUCUAACCAGCCUGCCCCUGGAGCUUCUGCAGUACAUUGCUGGGUUCUUGGACAGCAUCAGCCUGGCCCAGCUCUCUCAGGUAUCCGUGCUGAUGAGGAACAUCUGUGCCACUUUGUUACAGGAGAGAGGAAUGGUCCUCUUGCAAUGGAAGAAGAAGAGGUAUUCCCAUGGAGGUACCUCCUGGAAAGUCCACAGACAGAUCUGGCAGUUCAGCAGCCUCUUCUCCAAAGUCAAGAGCUGGGAGUUUAACGAAGUCAUUUCCAUGUCUGAACACCUGAAAGCCUGUCCUUUCAACAUUGUAGAGCACAGGACUGACCCCGUUCAGUUAACCAGCAUGUGUCGGCCCCGCGAGCAGCCCCGGAAGAGUUUAGUCUCCACUUUCAGAGCCAGACCUCGCGGAAGACAAGUCUUCUGAGGAUUGGGCCACAACCAUUCUUGGAGUUCCGCUCAGAGUUACUGAAAGUAGGACAGAGUAUGGUUUUGAAGACUCCCCUCUUUGUAAACUGCGUAUGUGCUUAUCUGAGUGGAACACGCAAUGUCCUUCAAAACUCAGCAGGCCUAAGUUUCAUAAGCUAUGGCUUAUCCUAUAGUGCCAUAUGGAUGACUUAUUUCCUUUAUUUUCUAAAAUAGAUCAGUUUUGGGGAGAAAAUAGGUAACUUGAAGCCAUUUGGAAGAUGAACCCAAGUCCUUAGGUGAUGAGAGAGCAAUAAAAUUCCAUAACCAGUGUGCUUUUAGUUUACAAACAGUUUUCAAACUCAUGUGGAAAGCAAUGCAGGGACAGGGACUUAGGUGCAGAGAGCUACCUCCUAGAGCACCCAAGGUGAGGGGCACACAGCUUGAAGUUUCUGGAGCUGGCUUUGUUUUGACGGUUAAGUCCAAGACUUCUUUUAGUUUCCCUACUGCCUCUAAACCCAGGUAAUCCCAAUAUCGCCCAACAGAACACAGCCUCCUGGCUGAGCCCAGCAGCCUGAGGACAACACAGGCCAAAGGAUUAGGGGCAGAAAUGAGGUCAGAGAGUCCACUGAACAGAAUCUUGGCAACCUAUAGAAGGAAAGCCUUGAAAAGGAGACCCAAUACUUAUAUUAGGGAGAAAAUUAGGAUGAAAAGCCACAAACCUGCUUUUUAAAAUUUUUGUAAUGACUUAAGAGAAUUUUUUUUUGAAAAUUACAUUCUAGGUCUGGGUUAGAGAGAGCAUAGGUAUAGUCAUGAGCUACCUCUGCUGUCUAAAAUGGCCUCAGUACACUAAUACCAAUGUCAAUGUCAGUGCUGGAGUACAGACUUAACCAAGGAGACCACACAUUUGGCAAAGUCUAGACAAGACCCAUUGCAGUACCUGUGGUGUCGUCACCAGGUCCUGGAGACAACUCGGGGAUCUCACUGGGAGUCUUGGACAGGAAGCAUGUGAGCUUAAUGGUUCCCUGGGAUUGUACUCUCUAUUGCUGGUCCUACCUCCAGCCUGUCACAAAUGGGUGAUACUGCUAUUUUUGGUGAACAGUGAGUAUCCAUGAGAUUAUAAGUAAAAAUUUAAAAAUACACAAUAGAAAUAGGCAUCCCCUAAAGAAGGGUUUUCUGACCUGGGAACUCUUGACAUGUUGCACUAUAUAAGUCUUUGCCAUAGGGACUGUCCUGUAUAUUGCAGAAUAUUUACCAACCUUGGCCUCUACCCAUUAGAUUUCAGCAGUACCCCCAUGAUGAUAACAACCCCAAAUUUUUCCCGACUUUACUGAAUGUCUUCUAGGAGCAUAAUGUCUCCUAAGGAUUUCAGACCAGUGACAGUAAGUUAGGAUAUGCUGAUUUCUCAGCACAGCAAAAUCAUGUCACAUAGCUAUCCAUAGUUCUGAUUUAAUGUUGCUCUUCUGUAGUUACUAAAUAGGGUUUAGAUAAGUGAAGAUUUCAAGCUGGGAACUAGAUUUAACUUGUUUAAUAUGGCUCCCGGCCCCUUGGCCACUUGUAAGACUGUAUGCUUUCAGCUCUCUCUGGGUAUACCUGAAGCCAGAAAAGUUAUUUAUCUUGUAUUUAUAUUCCUUUUACCUUAAUUGGUACCAUUUCCCCAGCAGUCCUAACAGUUCUCAAGCAAAUAAGAAACAGAGAAAACAGAGGAUGGAGGAGAGGCAUUGCAGGGAAGCAGAGAAAGAAGAAUUUAGGCAGCAAAAGAAAGUCUAGUCAAUCUGGCCAUUCCUGCCUGGCUCUCCCUCUGAACACAGCUCACAGCUGAUGUGGAGAGAGUACACGAUACCACUGAGAAGAAUCAAGAAGGCAGUCAAGCAAGUCUGACCAGAAAUAUGCUCAUCUUUUUUUUCUAAUGUGCCACUUGGUACUAUUUGGUAGUGUAAUUGCAUUUUUUCUAAUCCUUAUUGUUUUGUUUAUACUCCACAUUUGUAUAUGAGGCACACCUUUUAAAAAUGUAAUUACAGUAUGAUCUAGGAUUUUAUUCAGUGGAGAUCAAGUAAAUGGAAAUAAAUAAAUAUGAGGCGGGAAAGAGUUCUUUAGGUAUCAGUUCCAUGUGUUCCUACACAAAGGUAGAAAAUUCCUAAAGUUCACUCUGGACUGUAUAACAGAAUGAGAGAAAGAUGAGCUACAGAACCAAUGGAUGUGAAUGUCAAGGACUACAGUUAGAUGGGUGAGAAGCAAGGUACUAUAUAGAGAAAGAGAAACCAGAGGGCUUUCCCCUCACAAGCUGGGUGGGUGGGAGCAGCCCAGGUUCAGGAGAGCAGUCAGACACUGCCCACAACUGCUCUGGGGGGCUGGGGCAUGCAUACUGACUGCUUCACUUUUGCACCCCUAACUGCUUUAUUGAAUUGAGCUUUAUUGAAUUGAUCAACACCAUCGAACACAGUUUGAUACAUACUUGUAUGCAUCACAGGAAACCAGGGUGCUAAAGGUAACCCCUGGUCCAUAAAAACAAGCACAUUUAAUGGCGAGAGGGGCAGAUGGAGCAGAAGAGAAGGCUUUCAGAGAAACUGGGCCAGGCACAGCCAUGAGGAGAGCAGCAAGAUGAAGCUGGAGGGAACCGUGUGAGCAGUGAGUUGCCUGACGGGCAGCUACACGAGGGCCAGGAGUGAGUGCAGAUUAAGCAGCAGCUGCAGAGCAGGAAGAGGGACUGCGUAGCAGGAGUGGGAGCCUGGCAGGAGAGAUGUCUCCGUGCAGCAUCCUUGAUUGACUGUCUCCACCAAGAGAGACCAUCCACAGUGGGGAUCCGUCCGUACAACUGAGGCAGAAGGCACCCUGCUGCCUUGGUAGCACAGGGAUCUGGGAGCGAAGUUUCCGUCUUAUCAUCAAAGGACAAAUGAACAGCAAGGUGGAACUUGGAGCUGUAUCAGGAAAACCAUCAUCAAAGUCCAAUUUAUGUGUACUGUACAAGAGAUUUUGUGCAUCCAUGGUGACUUUACCUACUGGAAAUGCCAACAUCUCUACAAAAGGAAAUAAAGGCUGCUUUGCUUUC